CCAGCGUCCUCAGGGCCCGGCGGGGGGUACGAGCAUGCGCACAACUACAUGAACUACAGGGCCUACAAACAUGCGACUUGAGCUAGGUCUAAGAAAGAUUAAAUAACACAGAUAACCUAACCCAUCGACAUGGCCGAUCAGCAGCCAAGCGGUCGUGCCCGCGGGCGUUCUCGCGGCCGAGGACGCGCCUCGUCGGGACAGCAACCGGCCCAGACCAGACGCCCAGGCGAGACGGCACCUGCCCCUCCCCGUAUGCCCCCUGCCGAGCCGGACCCCCUGCCCACCCCGGGAAGAGGCCGUUCUCGUGGUGGCUCAUCUCAGGUCCCGGGAUCAGGAGCUCCAGUCCCAGCUGAGCCGAGAGCGCCCCCUACCUCCCAGAUGGCAGCACUGAGCAUGAGUGCGGCCGGUGAGGGAGGCGCGGGGGGCAUCAGCGGCCGCAGCAGACAAGCCCAGCUCAGCUACGCAGAGCCCAAGACAAGACCGGAGCACAUCAAAGAUAAGAGGGGCACAGCUGGAAACAAGAUCAACAUCAUGACCAACUGUUUCAAACUGAAGGCCGACGAGCGAUGGCUGUUGUACCAGUACCACGUGGACUUCAGUCCCAUGGUGGACAGCCCCCGAGCCAGGCAGGGCCUGCUGCGCUUCCACACCGAGGCUCUGGGCAGCCCCAUGGCGUUUGACGGCAUGAUCCUGUUUCUGCUCAGACGACUUGACCAGCCGGUGACCAAGUUUGAAACCAAACGUCGCGACACGGAUGCCAUAGUGACCAUCACCAUCACUCUGACCAAUGAGCUGGCUCCUACCUCCCCUACCUGCAUCCAGGUCUACAACAUCAUCUUCCGCAAAAUCUUAGGAUUUGUGGGCAUGCAGCAGAUCGGACGUCACUACUUCAACCCCAACGACCCAACAGUUGUCCCGCAGCACAACUUGCAGCUAUGGCCCGGCUUCAUCACCUCCAUCCUGCAGUAUGAGGAGGAGGUCAUGCUGAUGGCCGACGUCUCACACAAGAUCCUGCGCACCGACACCGUCCUGGACAUCCUGGCCAACCUCUUUGCUGCCAAAAAGAACCGCUUCCAGGAUGAGGCUACCCGCAUGCUGGUCGGGGAGAUCGUCCUCACAAGCUACAACAACAAGACCUAUCGCGUGGACGACAUCGAGUGGGAGAAGAAUCCCAUGCACACCUUCGCCAAGUACGACGGUAGCCAGAUCACCUAUGCCCAGUAUUACAAAGAGGCGUACGGACGGGAUAUCACGGACAUGGAACAGCCACUGCUGAUCAGUCGCCCAAAGAAGAAGGAUGAGCGUCGGGGAAUGACGGGGCCCAUCCACCUCAUUCCUGAGCUGUGCAUGCUGACCGGUCUGAGCGACGACGUCCGUGCCGAUUUCCACGUCAUGAAGGACAUCGCCCAGCACACGCGCAUCUCGCCCGACCAGCGCGUCCGCACGCUCACUACCUUUAUCAACAGCUUUCCUAGGAACAAGGAAGCCCAGGAUUAUUUGAACAAGUGGCAGGUGUCCUUUGUUCCCGAGCCUGUCAAGAUUGAAGCCCGAGUCAUCAAGGCACAGGACAUUUUCCAGAAAAAUGCAAAAGUCACCUACAAGCCAGCCGACGCGGAAUGGAGCCGCGAGAUACGUGGCAACAAGCUACUCAACACCGUGGACCUGGAAGACUGGUUCAUGAUGUUCACGUCCCGCGAUCAACCUAAAGCCAUUGACUUCCUUCAAUCGCUGACUCGAGUUGGGCCUGGGAUGGGGAUGCGUGUACAAGAACCAAAAAUGCAUCAGCUGAGAGAUGACAGAGCAGAAAGCUUUGUGAACUGUAUCAAACAAAACCUGACCAAAUCAACACAGAUGUUGGUAUGCAUCUUGCCCACCAAUCGUAAGGAUCGCUACGACGCCAUCAAGAAGUACUGCUGCCUGGAGGCUCCCGUGCCCAGCCAGUGCAUCCUGGCCCGUACCCUCAACAAGAAGCAGACCAUCAUGUCGGUGGCCACCAAGAUUGCCAUGCAGAUCAACUGCAAGAUGGGUGGCGAGCUGUGGGCGGUGGACAUUCCGCCCAAGAAAAUGAUGGUCAUCGGGAUUGACUCCUACCAUGACUCCUCCACUAGAGGGCGCUCUGUCGGUGGAUUUGUAGCAACACUGAACGAUAACCUCACCAGAUACUACUCCCGCUGCACAUUCCAACACACGGGUCAGGAGCUGAUCGACGGUCUGAAGGUGUGCAUGCAGGCUGCCCUCCGCAAGUACGCAGAGAUCAACAAGACCCUGCCAGACCGGGUCAUCAUCUACCGUGACGGCGUGGGAGACGGCCAGCUGCCUGCCGUGGUGGAGCACGAACUGCCUCAGAUCAUUGACACCUUCAAGACGCUGGGCACCAACUGGAAUCCCAAAUGCGCGGUGAUCGUUGUCAAGAAACGCAUCAACAAUCGUUUCUUCUCCGUCAACGGAGGCAAGCUGAACAACCCCCCACCAGGCACCGUCAUCGACUCGGUCGUCACCAAGCCAGACUUGUAUGAUUUCUUCUUGGUCAGCCAGUCUGUCCGUCAGGGUACAGUCACCCCGACCAGCUACAAUGUCAUCUGGGACACGUCUGGUCUGGCACCUAACCACAUCCAACUACUCACCUACAAAAUGACCCAUCUGUACUUCAACUGGCCGGGUACCAUCCGCGUACCAGCGCCCUGCCUGUACGCCCACAAGCUCUCCUUCUUGGUGGGCCAGAGUCUACACAAGCCGCCCAGCCUGGACCUAGCAGACAGGCUCUUCUUCUUGUAGGCUGCUCAAGUCAAGCGUUCCACAGUACUAAGUGAGUUGAGGAUGUCAACAUUCGUGACUAAACACUUUGAAGCGACCAUAUGUGCCAAAGAGGCUGUGCCCAGCAGAUUUGAUGAAAGUUUUGUUGAAGUACGUCUCCUUAGGUUCAUCCAAAGACAUAGAUGAACCGUGCACGAAACAAAAGGUGCUAUUGUUUACCCUUAAGUUGUGGUUGUUGUUUUUUUAAAUUGCCUUAGUUGAAGUAUGAAGAAAAGAAAACAAGCUGUGUUAGGGAAAGGAGACAAAGCAGAGGUGAUGUGAUUUUGGCUGAUUAUUUUGUUGGCUCAGUAAUUUGGAGGAUUCACAGGAUCAGAUGCAUCCUUGUGUAGUUUGGCCUUGAGCGUUGUCACAGAUUACAUUUGUUGAGAAAGUGAACUCAUAUCCGCAAUGAUUUUUCAGGGUGCUUAGUUCUAUUUGGAUAAUUUGAAAAUGAUUUUGAUGAUAUACAAAUGUUAAAUCUAGCCUCAACUUCCUAAAAUUGCAACUUGUGUCGGGCUGAGCCUGGAAUGAAGGGUUUGCAGAGAAGAAGCCCAAAGUUAACUUGUGCUUAUUCACAAAUCUUUGUUUGAUUAAAGUGCUGCAUUUUAAUGACAAAACAACUCCAGGUCAUACUUAACUUUUUCGUUAUGCGAUCAAAAUGGCGCAGAACCCAGCAAGGGGUUUAAUUUUAAAGCUCCUUCUCCUUAUUUUUUGUCGAGUAUCGUUUAGUGAUUGAAGAGUUUGUCAUGACAGGUUCUGUUUAUCUCCAGAUUUUGCUCUGCGAAGCGCACAGAAAAGAGCUCGUUUAGUUGCUUCUGCCUUAAAGUAAAAGGUCAUAUACUUGCUUUUAGUUACAUUUGACCGGAGAAACGUGUAUUGGCUGUGUUUUUUUUUCUAAACCUGUUAACACGAUGACACAGAUGCCCAUAUUUACUGUUGAAAUGGUGAAUAAG